CACACACACACACACACACACACACACACCCACACCUACACAUCAAAUUAAGCCUUGUGGCUCAACUUCUAUUUUUCUUGUUCUUCAUUGCAAUUCACAGAGAAAGUUUCUAGUGCUUUGGCUUAAAAUGCAAACAAAACCCCAAAAUGUUGCACUUAAUUGCAACUAUGGCAGAGAAGAUCAAGGGGAGACAACUUUUUGAUCAAAACCAUUUCAAACAAAAAUCAAUUUUCAUUCAAAGCGGACACUUUUUGUUACGCCUCAGAAAACGAAAUAGAGGAUAAUGAAAAGACUGGAUUCCAAAGAUGCUGCAGUACCUGGACGUAGGCACAUUAUAGCGGCUGCAGCCAAAAGAACCCAAGCCAUCCAGGAGCGUAAGGUUCGAGAGCAACAGGAGGAACUGGCUACUCUGGAGCUAAAGAAACGUAAGGAACAAAAGCAACUCUCCGCCCGAAGUUCAAAAAGCAAACAAAGUUCAAGGCAUCAAUUGGAUGCGCCAGAAACCAAUGCAAACAAACCAAAACUACAGAAACAAUCCGAUCAAGCCAAUGGACCAAAACGUGUCUCUAGUGUCAAAAAGAAUCUGGCAACGUGUGAAGAACAAAAACAGCCAACAAUCUCUGAAGAGAUCACCGGAGAAAUCGCUAGAUUCAAAACGAACAAACAACGAACAUCAUUAAGUUUACAAUCGAAAGAUUGUCCACAGAAACUAUUACCAAGGAAAAGCAAUGAGAUUGGCCAGCUAACUAAACGGGAAAUUCAGGAAAGAAAUCACAAACUGGCAAAAUACCUUGAAGAGAAGGAACAACAAAGAGAGCAACAAGCUCGAAAUGAACGACAGCUGAAAAAUGGUGACCGAAAAGCCACCAUGGAUAGAAAGCAACAAGCAGAAGAAAAGCAACAAGCAGAAGAAAAGCAACAAGCAGAAGAAAAGCCCCAAACAGAUGAUGACAUUGAGCAAAAUUUGAGCAAGUCCAAGCAAAUUGUAGAAGCAUCUUCAACUCCUGCUCCCCGGGAAUAUCCAAAAAUGUGCGAUUCGAAUGGUCGUCCCGAUUGCUCGACACCGUGUGCCAGUUCCAGUGAGUCGGAAGAUGAACGUUUCUAUCGUCGCAUGGUCGGUCGUUAUCGUGCGACCCGCUACUCCAUUGUCGAAUUCAUCAAGAGUGGCGCCUAUGCUGAUGCAAAUGUUCAUAAUAAUGAACCGAAACUAACAAAAUUCAAAUAAAAUUAGCAACUAGAAUACAAAUUUCAAAAUUUAUCAGUGCAAUUUGGUUGAUAAUUGAAAAAGUUUUCAUACUAUGUAUAUCGAAUAUUUUGUUAGCAACUCUGUUAUGGAAUUUUUGUUUACUUCUUCUUUUUGCAACAAGAAAUUUAAACUAAACAUGUUAAA